AUGCCGGCGGCGCGAGGCGUAAAGCGGACAGCGUCCAAGUCUUCAGCGGCCACGGCAUCGACGGGGCCCAAAAAUAAGAAAAAACGUGGAGCAAUUCAAUUGGAGAUACCAGUUCCACCGAAACGUAAAGGAUGUGUGAUGACAUGCGGCCAGGGAGAUGUGGGGCAGCUCGGGCUCGGAGAAGAUGUCAUGGAAACAACAAAGUUCAAAACAGUUUCGGUGCUCGGUAACAAGAUAGUUGAUGUAGUGGCGGGGGGAAUGCACACUGUGGCGCUCGAUAGUGAUGGAAAAGUAUGGACAUUUGGUUGUAAUGAUGAAGGAGCCCUAGGCCGUCCUACGUCAAGUGACACAGACGAGGGUACUCCCAAACAAGUGACUCUACCGCUGCCAGCGGUUGCUGUGUCAGCCGGAGACUCACAUUCAGCUGCAUUGUUAGAGAACGGAGAUGUUUUUGCAUGGGGAUCAUUUAGAGAUUCUCACGGCAGUAUGGGUUUAGUGGUUCGUGGUAGAGAAGGCAAGCCUUGCAAGGAACCAGUUCGAGUUGACAUCGGAGAAUCAGCAGUGGGAGUCGCCUCGGGUGGAGAUCAUCUAGUUAUAUUGACGAACACAGGAUCAGUAUACACAAUGGGUUGUGGUGAACAAGGCCAGUUGGGACGGCUAGCACAGAGGUCUGCCUCCAGGGAUGCUAGGCAGGGAUUCAGCGCUCUGUUAGUUCCGUCUAAAGUGAUCUUAAAGGGUGGCGCGUGUCGCGUGUGGGCCGGCUAUCACGCUACAUUCGUUAUGGACGCGACCAGCGACAAGAUGUUCGCGUGGGGACUCAAUAACUAUGGACAACUGGGUAUAACGGGUGAGAAACGCAAAACAGCCAUAUACUCUCCCACGGAGUGUGACGGCAUGCGAGGCAGGCGGUGGAGCGACGUGAGCGCGGGGCAGCACCACUCACUGGCCGUGGACGAGCGGGGGCUGGCCUACAGUGUGGGCCGCUGUGAAUAUGGACGGCUAGGUCUAGGCCGAGAGGGCGACGCGGAAUCAUGGGAAGCUAUACCCAAGCUACAACAGGAUCAAUGCGUGUGUGUAUCAGCUGGUACAAGCAGCUCGUUUGCUGUCACUCAAGCUGGGCGGCUGAUGUCGUGGGGGGCGGGCGGGGAGGGCCAGCUGGGCGGCGGGGCGGCGGACGACCAGCUUGAACCAGCACUAGUACAGCUUGAGGGACGAGCUGUUAGAGUGACGGCGGGCGGGCAGCAUACGGUCGUGCUGGUUGAGGAUCCCACAGCGCAAACAGAAGUUACACCGACUCCGGAGAGUGAAAAAGAAGGAGAGAAUACGGAGAGUACAGAAGAUAAGAAGAAACAGAAUAGAAGACAGAAGAAACAAGAACAAGAUGAAGAAAUAACGUCUACAUCGAGCGCGCAGAACACAGAGGUUAAAGAUGAACCUGAGAAAGUUAACGGAAACGAAAAGAAAGACACGGAACCGGAAACACCUAUGGACGUUAACGAAACUGACAAACAAGAGGAUAUUGAAGAUAAAAUGGAUACACAGGAACAAAACGAACAGACAACAACGGACAAACGGGACGAACAGACAGACACACAAGGGGACUCUAAAGAUAUGGAUACUUCCAGCCAGGACACGACCAGCGAGACUGACGCGGUCAACGGGGGAGGGGAGGAGGCCUCCGCGUGA